AUGAAGUAUUUCAUUUUCCUCAUUGUUAUAUUGUGCGUGCUGUAUUUACAACAGGCAGCAACGCAAGACGAGAGGCUGAACGGCGAGAAUAAUCAUAACCAAGGAAACGAAGAAAUGACACUUGUAACAGGAGGCACUUCGCGAUUCACCGAUCAAAUGGUUCUGCUCACCCCUGCUCUAAUGAGUCUCAGAUUGAUCCAUUAA